AUGGAUCGUGCCUUUUAUACUGCCACUCUUGACAAUGUCAGUAUCGCUUACACUGAUACCCGCUCUGAAGGUAAUGAGAAGGGUGUUAUAGUCCUGAUACAUGGCUUCCCCCAAACUUCGUAUCAAUUCCGUAAAGUGAUCGGUCCUAUCUCCUCAGCAGGGUACCGUGUUAUUACACCAGAUUACCGUGGAGCCGGUUACUCGCACAGGACACAGACAGGUUUCACCAAGACUGAAAUGGCAUCUGAUAUCCUGGGGCUUCUUGAUCGCCUCUCUAUCAAAGACCCAGUCCAUAUUGUCGGCCAUGAUAUCGGCGGUAUGAUAGCCUAUGCUUUUGCUUCACGAUACGCCGACCGUACAGCCUCUGUAAUAUGGGGAGAAUGCCCCUUGCCCGGUACUCAAGCCCACGAAGACACAUGGAAGGUCCACGGAGUUCUUCACUUUCACUUCUGGUUCCAUCAAGUUCUCGACCUCCCUGAAGCUCUCGUUUCAGGCAGGGAGGAGAUCUAUCUUGGUCACUUCUAUGAUAAGCUGUCAUACAACUCGUCGGCGAUCAGCCAACAAGACUUGGACUACUAUGUCAAAAUGUUUAGUCGUCCAGGAGCUUUGCGCUGUGGAUUCAACAUGUACAGAGCAUUUGGGAAAGACUCGGAAGAGAACCGAGAGUGGGUUGCCAAACAUGGGAAGUGUAGAGUACGAGCAUUAGGUCUCAACGGUGGAGAGUGUCAGUUUAGUCAAGUAGCAGAGCAGAUGAUGGAGGAAGUUCACGAAAAGGGAACGUUUAGUGUUGCAUCGGUUCCAAAGAGUGGACAUUGGAUCGCAGAAGAGAACCCUGUCGAGUUUGUACGAGCCGUUGUUGAAUUCGUUGGAAAGGAGUGA